GCCGCGCCGCGGGCGGGAAAGCUGCAGAGAGCCGGAGCCCGCGCCCCUGUUGGACACCCCCCCCUCCCUCCUCUCCCCCUCACAUCAACACCAACCAUGGGCUGCUGCAGCGGCAGGUGUACCCUCAUCUUCAUCUCCAGCCUGCAGCUAGUAUGUGUGUUGGAGAGACAGAUCUUUGAUUUCCUUGGCUACCAAUGGGCACCAAUCCUGGCCAAUUUUUUACACAUCAUCACAGUCAUUUUUGGCCUUUUUGGGACCAUCCAGUUCAGACAACGAUAUGUAAUCAGGUAUGCCAUCUGGAUGGUCCUCUGGGUCACAUGGAAUGUGUUUGUUAUCUGCUUCUACUUGGAGGUUGGAGGCCUUGCAAAGGAUACUGACCUGAUUAUGACUUUUAACAUUUCUAUGCAUCGCUCUUGGUGGAUGGAGAAUGGACCAGGAUGUGCAGUAGCGACUAUAACUGAUACUCCAGAAUGGGUACCGGAGGAUCACCGCUACAUUUAUAUCAGAGGGUGCCUCCUAGAAUACCAGUAUAUAGAGGUGGCACAUAGUUCACUACAAGUUAUCCUUGCACUUCUUGGAUUUGUUUAUGCCUGUUACGUGAUCAAAAUUGUUGCUGAAGAAGAGGACAGCUUUGAUUUCAUUGGAGGAUUUGACUCAUAUGGCUAUCAGGGCCCACAGAAAACAUCUCAUUUACAGUUGCAACCCAUGUACAUGUCAAAAUAAACUGGCAACUGGAUGCCUUAAAAUUCUCCUGACUCGGAACUUUUCACACCUUAAUUUCAAAGAUUCUAAUGGUGAUAACUUUUUAUUGUGCAAUGUGGAGCUUGGCUGACCAUUCUUCAAGUGAUGGCCUGGCCCAGAGUCUUGGAACAACAGAAGA